AUGACUGAAGAGUAUACAGAACCAGAAGACCAACUAUGUCACAAAGAAGAGGUGCUCAAAGUUGGAUCCAUUGUUAUUCCAGUUUUCUUUGGUGUUCUGGUUGUGUGUAGCUGCACUGGUAACCUGCUGGUUUUGGUCAUCCUGCUGCUGUAUGAGAAGUUUAGAUUGCUGAUCAACAUUCUGAUCUUCAAUUUAGCUGUGUCAGAUCUGCUGUUCACUUUUGGACUUCCAUUUUGGGCUUUGUACUUCGUCUAUGGUUGGACAUUUGGAGAUGCUGGCUGCAAAGCUGUGAGGUUUCUGUUCUAUCUCGGUUUUUACAGCAGCGUGUUGUUCUUGACUCUAAUGACCGUUCAGCGUUACAUGGCAGUGGUUCAUCCUCUGUCCGACUGGAAGGGAUGCAGAUGCUUUUCAGUAGCUCCCUUUAUCAUAUGGAUGUUGAGCGGAACAGCUGCACUGUUAGUCUCCCUUCGUAGCCAAGUCUUAGAACAUGAAGGGAAUCUUUACUGUGAAUUUGACAGUAUUCAAGUAAAACAUGCCGCUGUUUAUUUACAAAAUGUUUUCUUCUUGAUUGCAUUUUGCAUCAUGGGAUUUUGUCACGUUAGAAUGUUCCAGACAAUCGCACAAUCCCGAACAAAGGGGAGACACAAGACUAUCAAACUGAUAUUCUGCAUUGGGCUGUUAUUCUUCAUUGGAUGGGCUCCAUACAACAUAGUCAUGUUCUUGAGAAUUCUGCAGGAUUAUAGUUUGUCUUCAUUCGUAGACUGUAGUGUAUCCAUUCGUCUUGAUUAUGCAUUUUACACUUGCCGGCUGUUGGCUUUUUCACAUUGCAGUUUAAAUCCAGUGCUUUAUGCUCUAAUUGGAGAAAAAUUUCGGAAACAUUUACAAACAAUAUUGAAGAAAAUGUGUUCAAAAUAAAGCAAUUCCGACCAAUCCUGAGACAAAUUACUUGUUGUUUUUGGUGUGUUUGUUAAA